GAUACAGGACCUUUGUACAGCAUAGGGUAGAGAAAUCAUAGUCCUUCGUAGGGGAUGUACAACUCAUAGGCUCAUUUGAACUUUCCAUCGGCGCUUUCCGAUGGCGAAAGGGGGUGGGUUUUCGACGAGUGUACCGCCGCGCCGCAACCACCGGAGGAGGAAGGCAGAGGGGGAGGGUAAGGGGCUUGAGCUCUCCGCCCGAGCGGCGCAGUGCGGUCUGGUCAGACUGGUUUAUUCGUUUAGUAAAUCUCAGACUCUUUGCUUUGGCUCUCCUCGCCGCUUUGAAGUUUCGCCGUGGCGGAGGGAUGAUGCAUGUUCGCAUCGCGGUGAUUGGGAGAGAGCACGGGGGCAAUGAUGUGAGUGAUUAUAUUUUGAUUGCAUUGCUCACUGUGGUUGGUUGUACGUACGGACCGCGGAGGCCCUGGAUGACUGCAGAGCUGUAGAGCUGUAGAAGAGCUGGAGAACUGCAGAACUGGUGAACUGGAGGACUGGGGACCACGGACGGCAUUGCUCACUUAGUACAAUAACCGGCACGUCGUCUGCCAGUCUGCUGAAACAGUAAUUUUUAGUGUGCCGUGUUCUUCGUUUGUUGUCGUUUGUUUUGUUCCCGCUCUAUCGCUAUCUUCGCCCCAAGUUCGCUCCAGCUUUAUAGGCCCCCAUUGCCCACCACCUUCAUCACCACCACCAUCAGCACCACCACCAGCACCACCACUAGCACCACCACCUCUCACGGAUUCGCAUUCAGCUUUUGAUGGUAAUUUGCCAGGCAGGCGGAGGGCGGCAGGGCGAACCAUCGGAUGGGGAAACCUCAGUGAGAGUGCUUUUCCAUCCAGAGCCAGAGCCAAAGUCAGAGUGCCAGAGUGCCAGUGCCAGUGCCAGUGGCAGUGGCAGUGGCAGAGCAGAGCUGCUCCAGUGGUAGUGGUGGUGGCGAAGCCAGUGUCGUCGCCGGAGCUUAUAACGAGCGUAGUUCUUGCGCAGAGUUUAUUGCCGACAGUUGGCGCGAUCUUGUUUGCCGUCGCUUCUUGUCGCUAUCCGGUAUCUCGUCCAUAUCACACUAUCACGCCGCCAUGUCGCAUCGCCACCUAGCCCCCAAUGGCUGUUCCUUGCUAGCAGUUCCUGUUCCAGCUCCUGCUGCUGCUGCUGCUCCUGCUCCUGUUUCUGCGACGGUACGCGGCAAAAGUGCACAAUACGCCGCAUGCAUUUAGGAUUUCACACAAUACGCUAAUACCUGUGACGAAGAAAGUGCUUGAGUGUAUUCAUAAAUCAAGUUAGCGCGCAAAUAUGUAACACUGUUUGUGAUGUGAUGUGUGGAGCAAAUUAGGCCCAAAACAUUGUGUAAUAAUGCCCCGGCCCUCGCGAGAAUCCUACGGCGAACAGAAGCCCCCCUAUUCGUACAUUUCGCUGACGGCCAUGGCCAUCUGGAGUUCGCCGGAGAAAAUGCUACCGCUCAGCGAUAUCUACAAGUUUAUCACGGACCGUUUUCCGUACUACCGCAAGAACACCCAGCGCUGGCAGAAUUCGUUGCGGCACAAUCUCAGCUUCAACGACUGCUUCAUCAAGGUGCCCCGACGGCCGGACAGACCCGGCAAAGGAGCCUACUGGGCACUCCAUCCGCAGGCCUUCGACAUGUUCGAGAACGGCAGUCUGCUGCGGCGGAGGAAGCGCUUCAAGCUGCACAAGAACGACAAGGAUCUGCUCAACGAGGAGCUGACUGCACUCGCGAAUCUCAAUAGGUUCUUCUUCACCACCCGCAACGGAGGCAGUGCAGCGCACAUGUCGCCGCUGGACAUGAACAGUGCGGCCGCCAUGAGGCUGGAUCCUCUGCCCAGGAGCACGGCACACAUGCCGAACUCUUUGGGUCCAGGUGUGCCGCUGCCGCACGUAAUGCCCGCCGCAGCCAUGUCCGGUGCGGAUCACACGAAUCUAACGGACAUGGGACUGACCAAUCUGCCCGCGCUAACCAGCUCCGAGAUCGAGGGACCGCUGAGCCUGCGACCCAAGCGAUCCUUCACGAUAGAGAGCCUGAUCACGCCCGACAAGCCCGAACAUCCGUCGGAGGACGAGGACGACGACGAUGAUCGCGUCGACAUCGAUGUGGUUGAGUGCAGCAGCGGCAUCAGCCGCUAUCCCACUACGCCCGCCGCCUCCGAGGAGUAUCUGUCCGCCAGCCGAUCUAGCCGCACCGAGGAUCCCCUGCCGCCGAUGCACACGAUCAACGCCGGUGCCCACGUGCCCUUCCUGCACUACGCCACCGGCGCCAAUGUGGCCGGGCUGCCAGCCACGGGUAUGCCCAGUAGCCCCACCACCUACGAGCUGGCCAUCUCGCAUCCGCUCUUCAUGAUGGCGGCCCCCAUUGCCAACAUGCACAACAUCUACUACAACAACGUCACCCUCGUCGCUCCGGCGCAGCAAUAUCGGAGUCCCGAGGUGCAGAAUAGAAUAGACAACGAUAUGCGUACGAUAUAGAUAAGUGGCAACAAACAGGGGCAGUAAC